UCGCAAUAAAACAAUUUCCGUCAUGUAAGAUUUUUGGACAAUUAUAAAAUCUCCCCCAUAUUUUUUUCGUAUUUAAUUCGCAUGCCAAAAAUUCAGAGAAGAAAUUUGCAUCAAUGGAGAUCAAACACGCGACUUCUGCAGAUACAGGCGAGAGAAAACCAGACUUAUCAAGCAUUUAUUCAGCGGCGGGAAGUCGAUCAUUCAACCGUCAGAAUUUCCUUCAAGAAGAUGACAACACAACGCUUUUAAACAAAGAUCGUCGAUUUGCAUUUACACGGCAUUCUUCCUUCAGACAGAAUCCCUCACAGCCUUCUAUUUCAAUAAUCCCCAUCGAAACCUUUAAAAAACCUUCAUUUUCCAGAAGUCUUUCCAAUGUAUCGCGCGAAAACAAUCAUAGUCAUGAUCAUCACCUUGCUUUCUCUCAGUUGACAGACAGCUCGAAUUAUCCCUCAGAGGACGGGAAUUCGUGGAAGGGAGAUCUGGUAAUUGAAGGGAGCCGGGGGAAGACUAGGUUUGGUGGCGAAGGAGUUUUCCGGCGACCGGAUUCUUUCUCCAGUUUGAUUGGCGGAAUUUUUCCGGCGAUUAGCUCCGGCAGCCGGCCUAUGAAACGGCUUUUUGCGUUGAUUGUGCUGAAUAUUGCGUAUUCAACAUUGGAGCUGCUUAUUGGACUUUUCACGGGGCGCGUAGGGUUGGUGUCAGAUGCUUUUCAUUUAACUUUUGGCUGUGGUGUCCUGUCAUUUUCUUUAUUUGCAAUGGUGGUUGCCAGGAAGAAACCUGAUGAAGUAUACACAUAUGGGUACAAGCGAUUAGAAGUUCUUUCAGCUUUUACAAAUGCUCUGUUUCUUCUGUUUCUGUCAUUUUCCCUUGCUGUGGAAGCUUUACAUGCGUUUAUGCAAGAUGAAUCAGAACACAAGCAUUAUUUGAUUAUCUCUGCUGUUGCAAACCUUUUAGUGAACCUUCUGGGUGUCUGGUUCUUUCGAGGGUAUGCACGCAUUCAAAUUGUCUAUCGAAAAGCUGAAGACAUGAAUUAUCAUUCAGUUUGCCUGCAUGUGCUCUCUGAUUCCAUCCGCAGUGCAGGAUUGAUCCUAGCUUCAUGGCUCUUAACUUUAGGGAUAAAGAAUGCAGAAAUGUUAUGUUUGGGUCUGGUUUCCAUUACCAUUUUUGUUGUAGUAAUGCCGCUGUUUAAAGCAACAGGGGGCAUUUUACUGCAAAUGGCUCCUUCUGGUAUAUCUUCAUCAGCCUUUAACAAAUGCCUCAGACAGGUCAACAUGCUUGAGGAUGUAUCUGAAGUAUCCCAGGUUCGAUUUUGGGAAAUGGUUCCAGGCUUUGUAGUUGGGGCACUGGCAUUGCAGUUGAAGACUGGGUCUGAUGAACAGAAAAUAUUACAGCAUAUUCAUAGCUUGUACAAUGAUAUUGGAGUAAAGGACUUGACUGUUCAGACCAGCUUUGUGUGAGUUGCAUCUCAUUCUGAUUAUGAAAAGGCCGAGUUGUGGGUGCAUCUCCAUCACCGUUUGGGGAGGGCAGGCUGCAGGCGUUGAUGGAUCUAUCGCUUGUUGAUAAUUUGGCCCUUGGUUAUGCUUAUAAAGUGUUGCAAUCAACCUCUGCAUUCUUGUUUGUCAACCUUUUGUGACAAUAUCUUGAUCAAUCCUUCAUUACAAGUUCUUAUCAAGUAACAUUGAAGGAAUCUAGACUUGUAGUCCAUGGCAAAAUAUUGUGUAAAGAUAUUCAAUUAUUCUUACUACAUAGAUCCAACUUUUGGUGAUGAACUUUUUGUUUCUUCAAUUACUGGAACUAAUCAUUGGUAAAUUGUUAGAUUAACAUUACUGAAUAUUUUAAUUGUCUACUAUAUUCCCCCGUUGGUGUUU